AUAUAUUUUGGAUUAGAAUAUUGAAUCGGAACUGUUCACUUAGUUCAAUUUUCAUUUGAUAGUGUGAGAAAUUGUCGCAGUAGACAUUUGCAACGGUGCGAGCGACAUUUAUCUAUCUGUAAGUGAAAAAUUUCAAUGAUUAGGAAGUGAUGUGAUAGUUGCAAACUGUAAUUAAUUUAUUAUAAUUAGUCAUGCUUAGAUUGGCUACAUACAGUUCUCGAGUAUCGAGAUCAUAUUUGUAUGGGUCAUUAUGUAGUGGUGGUAUACGAUAUAAUAGUUCAAAAAUUAUUAAGAAAGGAGACUUUAAUAGUGAAACAUAUGAAUUCUUAACUGAUUCUGAUAAUAAAUUUAAAUCUAUUCAUAAAAGUAUAAAUAAUAGUGAAAAUAAUCAAGUUAAUAAUUCUCAGAAUGAACUCUUUGGUGAAGUUGUUUCUUAUGACUCCGUAGAUGAUAACAUAUCUCCAUUCAGAAAUAGUGAUGGAAGUUUUAUUAAAGGAGAAAAUUCAGAAGAAGCAAGAUUACAUGAUUUAACAUUAGAGGGAAGAGUUGAUCAGUCUGUGACUGUAUUGCCAGAAGAAAUAGCUAAAACUAUUAAUAAUAAUCUUCUUAGAUUAACUAUUCCAGAUAAGUUAAGAGAGAGAGUAGCAACAAUUUAUCAAUCAUUAAAUAAAGAUCAAAUUCAAAAGGCUCCAGAAACUUCAUUAGAUUGUGAUGCUCAUAUCUCUGGUUUAUUUUUACAAGAAUAUAGUCAUCUUAGACAAACAAUAUUAGAAUUACAAAAGAGAGUUGGAGCUGAUAAGUUUAAUCCUCAAAAGAUAUUGGAUAUUGGUUAUGGUCCAGCUACUGGGAUGAUUGCUCUUAAUGAAAUUAUGGGUGAUGAAUGGGUACCUGCCGAAAAAGAAGCUUAUAUUGUGGGUAGAAGAAACAACGAGAUGAAGAAAAGAGCUAAGCUCCUUUUGUCAAGACAGUUGAAUGAGAAUUUUUCUGAAGAGGAAGUGGAUAAGAAGAAUGGAAGUGAGGAACCUGAGAAGUUGGCAAAAGAAAUCGAGCAAGAGGAAGUAGUAGAAUCAGCCAUUGAACAAACUGAACAAACUGAACACACUGAAGAAGCUGAACACACUGAAGAAGCUGAAGAAGCUGAAGAGGAGAUUCAACAGGAGUUUGUAGGUCGAGUAAAAGUUUCAGCAAUCAAUAUUCGUACAAGAUUACGUGAUGCGUUACCAACUACCAAACAAUACGAUUUAAUUAUGAUUAAUAAUUCUUUGUUAGCCAGAGAAUUCAAUUUCCCUCGAGAUGUUGACGACAACAUGAAUAUGGUGUUGAGAUUAUUAAAGCCUGGUGGACAUUUAAUUCUUCUUCAAAGAGGUAAUGCAGUAGGAUUUGAAACUAUAGCUAGAGCACGUCAAAUUAUGAUACGUCCUGAAUCAUAUCUUACUGAAAUUGGUAAGAUCCCACGUCCAUACCUUAGAGGUUCAAGUUUAAAACCUCAAAAAUUAAAGAAAGAAGAUCAAAUUGUUAGUGAAGAAGAUAUCAAAUAUGAGACUGAAUUACUUGAGAAAUUAAAUGAAGAAGAAUUGAAAGAAAUGUUGGAAGCUCAAGGUAAAGAAUUUGAAUCAGAAUUGAAUGAAAAGUUUGGUGAACCAACCGAAGAUGAUUUGAAAUUUGAAGGUGAAGAUGAAGGAGAUUUUGAAGUUUUACCUGUUGAAUCAUCUGUUGAAUCACCUGAACAACAGCUUAGUACUGAAAGUAUGGAUUAUCAUAUUAAGAUCCUUGCGCCAUGUUCUCAUCAUAAGAAAUGUCCAUUACAAUUAGGAGAUCCUAAAUAUUAUAAAAUCCCAUCUCAUAAGCAUCGUUUAAAUUUCUGUUCAUUUAAUAAAGUUGUUGAAAGACCUAAAUUUACUAUGGAAUUAAAGAAAGGUAAAAGAUUAGCUAUGCCAUGGAAUAAAUCUGCCGAAGAUGGAUUUGGAUUUGAUAAGAUGAAUAAAAAUAGUUUGAAAAAUUUAGAAGGUAGUGGUAGACCUGGUGGAAGAAAUACAGAAAAUGGAUCAUAUUCUUAUUUAAUUGCUGAAAGAAGUCUUAAUGAUAUUGAAUCAAUUAAGAAUAUUGAAAAUAAUAGAAAAUUUAAUAAUUAUGAUAUUCAAAACAAAUUAGAUUAUAAUAACUGGCCUCGUAUUAUCCAAAGUCCUAAUAAAGUUAAAAGGAAUGUACAAAUUACAGUUUGUGCACCUAGUGGGAAUAUUGAAAUUUGGCAAGUACCUAAAAGUAUUGGUAAACAAGAAUAUCAUGAUGCUAGAAAAGUAGAUAGAGGAGAUUUAUGGGCAUUAAAUAAGAAGAAAGUUUUAGUAAAGAAUCAAGUUUCUGAUAAAAUUAAGGAGAAAUUAGAUACUUUAUUAAAGACUCAAAAGAAGACAUUCCUUAAAGAACAAAGAAAACAAAAAUGGAAGAAGAAAUUUGGUAAAUCAGAAGACGAUUUUGAAGAUAAUAUAUAUGGAUCAUUGGCUGAUCAAAUUGAAAAUUCCAUACAAUAUCAACAACAAGGUAGAAAAGCUAAAUUUGAUGUUGAUCCUAAGAGUUUUGAUGGGAAAUAAUUAACAAUCUUAUGUGAAUAGUUUUACUUGUAUAUAUGUAAAUAGAAAUAUUAUUAAUAUGGGGA